AUGGCAAACAGCGCUGCUAUGCCGAACAACGAAGCAGUCCGACGUGCUUUGGAGUCCGCCAGAUCUAGCGAAGAUGGCCAAAUAGACCCCCGAGUGAGCGCAAUCCUAGAAAUCGCCAUUGGUGAGCUCUGGAGGAAAGUACAGACGCAACCCGAUACGUACGUUUUGAGCCGUGACGAGUUUGCGCUCUUCAACUAUUUUCGAGAUCGAUUCAGGGAUUCUUCAAUAGCUCAGCGUGCAGUGGAACGGUUUUGGAACAAUUUCCGUGGAACGCCUUUUGAUAUCGACGCUUACCUCAAUUGCACCAGUCGAAACUGA